UGCAUGUGAAAUAAGAUAAGAUAUCUCCAUUAAACUGUACGAUGAAAAUCGCAGAUGCUGGCACUUGAAAGCCGAAUGCAUGGUUCUUCGGUUCCGGACACUGAAAACACAGUCCCUCUCGAAGAAGCAGCAAUGCCUCUCUCUCCUAAACUCGUGUCGUUCCAUGGACCAACUCCGUCAAAUUCAGGCACAAGUUCACGUCUCUGGUCUCUAUCAAGACACCCGCGUGCUCUCCGAACUCGUCUACUUUUGCUCCCUCUCUCCCUCCAAGAACCUUCGCCACGCGCGAUCAUUCGUCCACCACGCCGCCACCCCAUCACCCAUUUCGUGGAACAUUCUCAUUAGAGGCUACGCCGCAAGCGAUUCCCCCCUCGAAGCCUUCUGGGUGUUUCGAAAAAUGCGAGAACGAGGUGCUAUGCCCAACAAACUCACCUUCCCUUUUCUACUUAAGUCUUGUGCUGUGGCUUCUGCACUUUUUGAAGGGAAGCAGGUGCACGCGGACGCUGUUAAAUGUGGUUUGGACUCUGAUGUUUACGUUGGAAACAACUUGAUCAACUUUUACGGGUGUUGUAAGAAGAUUGUGGAUGCAAGGAAGGUGUUUGGUGAAAUGCCUGAGAGAACGGUUGUUUCUUGGAACUCGGUUAUGACUGCUUGUGUUGAGAGUCUUUGGUUGGGUGAUGGGAUUGGGUAUUUUUUCAGGAUGUGGGGUUGUGGGUUUGAGCCUGAUGAGACUUCCAUGGUAUUGUUGCUCUCUGCUUGUGCUGAGUUGGGUUACUUGAGCUUGGGAAGGUGGGUUCAUUCUCAGUUGGUUUUGAGAGGGAUGGUUUUGAGUGUUCAGUUGGGUACUGCUCUUGUUGACAUGUAUGGGAAGUCUGGGGCUUUGGGUUAUGCAAGGGAUGUUUUUGAGAGAAUGGAGAACAGGAAUGUGUGGACAUGGAGUGCAAUGAUAUUGGGGUUGGCUCAACACGGGUUUGGUGAGGAAGCCCUUGAACUCUUUGCAAUUAUGAAUAACAAUAACAAUGACAACCGUGAUAUACGUCCAAAUUAUGUGACCUAUCUUGGGGUUCUUUGUGCUUGUAGCCAUGCUGGGAUGGUAGAUGAGGGUUACCAAUAUUUUCAUGACAUGGAAUGUGUCCAUGGGAUCAAGCCCCUGAUGACACAUUAUGGAGCCAUGGUUGAUGUCUUGGGUCGUGCUGGCCGUCUUGAAGAAGCCUAUGAGUUUAUACAGAGCAUGCCUAUUGAGCCUGACCCGGUUGUGUGGAGGACGUUGCUUAGUGCAUGCACUGUUCAUGAUGUGCAUGACCAUACAGGGAUUGGGGAAAGAGUAAGCAAGAAGUUGCUUCUGAAGGAGCCAAGGAGGGGAGGGAAUUUGGUUAUUGUUGCUAACAUGUAUGCUGAAGUGGGGAUGUGGGAGGAAGCGGCUAAUGUGAGGAGGGUCAUGAGAGAUGGAGGGAUGAAGAAGGUGGCUGGAGAGAGUUGUGUUGAUUUAGGUGGGUCCAUGCAUAGGUUCUUUGCAGGGUAUGAUCCUUGCCCAGAUUUGGUUCCUGUCUAUCAUCUUCUAGAUGGAUUGAACCUGCACUUGAAGAUGGUUAACUGAUACUGGUUGUAGUAGUUGCUUUCAGUGAAUUUUUUUUAUUGGUCUGAUGUUGAAAUUAGAAAAGGACAAAGGGUGAGCUCUUUUGAAAUUUUGUACUGUUGAUCAUUUUUGUGAGUAAAUAUUUCUUCCAUUUAUUUGUAUAAUCUAUUUAGGAUGUUGGCACACAGCAGGAAUGUUAACGUUUGCCCCAUUUCUGACA